UUAUACCCUUCUCACUUUUCUAUCCUCUCCAUUUUCAUAUCACAAAUUUUCUCUACAGUCCACAAAUUAACAGCUUAUUAUUACUUGAUUAUUUCCUCGAAUUCUUCAGUUUUGAGCUAAAAAUGGCCGGAAAAGGUGAAGGACCGGCGAUCGGAAUUGAUUUAGGGACGACGUACUCGUGUGUUGGUGUAUGGCAGCAUGAUCGUGUAGAGAUCAUAGCGAAUGAUCAAGGAAACAGAACGACGCCGUCUUAUGUUGCUUUUACUGAUACGGAACGGUUGAUCGGUGAUGCUGCUAAGAAUCAAGUCGCCAUGAAUCCUACUAACACUGUAUUUGAUGCCAAGCGAUUGAUUGGUAGGAGAUUUAGUGACCCUUCAGUACAAAGCGACAUGAAGCUGUGGCCUUUUAAGGUCAUUCCUGGCCCUGCUGAUAAGCCCAUGAUUGUUGUCAACUACAAAGGCGAAGAGAAGCAAUUUUCUGCUGAAGAAAUCUCCUCUAUGGUUCUUGUUAAGAUGAAGGAAAUAGCAGAGGCCUUUCUUGGAACAACAAUAAAGAAUGCUGUUGUUACUGUCCCCGCUUAUUUCAACGACUCUCAACGUCAGGCUACUAAGGAUGCUGGAAUUAUUUCUGGCCUCAAUGUUAUGCGUAUUAUCAACGAGCCUACUGCUGCUGCAAUUGCUUACGGGCUUGACAAGAAAGCAGGCAGUUCGGGGGAGAAGAAUGUGCUUAUUUUUGACUUAGGUGGUGGUACAUUUGAUGUCUCACUUCUUACUAUCGAAGAAGGGAUUUUUGAAGUGAAGUCUACUGCUGGUGAUACGCAUCUUGGUGGGGAGGAUUUUGAUAAUAGGAUGGUGAAUCAUUUCGUUCAGGAAUUCAAGAGGAAGCACAAAAAGGAUAUCAGUGGAAAUCCUAGAGCUCUUAGGAGGCUUAGAACUGCUUGUGAAAGGGCUAAAAGAACACUCUCGUCGACGGCUCAGACUACUAUUGAAAUCGAUUCUCUUUACGAGGGCAUUGAUUUCUAUACGACGAUUACUCGUGCUCGGUUUGAGGAGCUUAACAUGGAUCUUUUCAGAAAAUGUAUGGAGCCUGUUGAAAAGUGUUUGCGGGAUGCCAAAAUGGAUAAAAGCGGCGUUCAUGAUAUUGUUCUUGUUGGUGGCUCUACUAGAAUUCCAAAGGUGCAACAAUUAUUGCAGGAUUUCUUUAACGGGAAGGAACUUUGCAAGAGUAUCAACCCCGACGAAGCUGUAGCCUAUGGUGCUGCUGUUCAAGCUGCAAUCUUGAGUGGUGAAGGAAAUGAAAGAGUUCAGGACCUGUUGCUGUUGGAUGUCACUCCGCUUUCGCUUGGUCUCGAGACUGCUGGAGGUGUUAUGACUGUCUUGAUUCCAAGAAACACCACAAUUCCAACUAAGAAAGAGCAGGUGUUUUCUACGUAUUCGGAUAACCAACCCGGAGUCUUGAUUCAGGUGUACGAGGGUGAGAGGGCAAGAACAAGAGACAACAACUUGUUGGGUAAAUUUGAGCUCUCCGGUAUACCUCCUGCUCCUAGGGGUGUACCUCAGAUCACAGUCUGCUUUGAUAUUGACGCGAAUGGUAUAUUGAACGUCUCUGCUGAGGAUAAAACCACCGGACAGAAGAACAAGAUCACAAUUACCAAUGACAAGGGUAGGCUAUCGAAGGAAGAAAUCGAGAAGAUGGUGCAAGAAGCCGAGAAGUACAAGGCGGAGGAUGAGGAACACAAGAAGAAGGUAGAGGCGAAGAACGCGCUAGAGAACUAUGCCUACAACAUGAGGAACACUAUUAAGGAUGAAAAGAUUGGUUCUAAACUCAGUCCAGAUGACAAGAAGAAGAUUGAGGAUGCUAUUGAUGAGGCGAUUUCGUGGCUCGACGGUAACCAGCUAGCGGAGGCUGAUGAGUUUGAGGACAAGAUGAAGGAGCUUGAGAGCAUAUGCAACCCCAUUAUUGCAAAGAUGUACCAAGGUGCUGGUCCUGAUAUGGCUGGUGGCAUGGAUGAAGAUGGCCCUUCUGCUGGUGCAAGUGGUGCAGGUCCUAAGAUUGAGGAAGUUGAUUAAAGUUGAGAACACUCAGUUUAAUUUGAAAUCUAGUUUUAGUAGUCAAUAAGAAAAUGUAGCUUUAGAGGUCUUUGGUUGUCUGUCUGUAUAUUUUGUUGGUGUGUCUGUGAGCUUCAAACUUUUCUCCUGUUGUUUUUUGGGUAAUGUUCACAUGAUCUGAUCCUGUAGAUUCGCUCCUGCAGCUACAGGUUUUAAUGGGCGCAUUUGGUUUUGAUGAUAAUGGACUUUCUAUCAUAUUUUAGCGCUUUUUUUGGUA